CGCUGAUGUCAAUUGCGGCUUCCUGAAAAGCAGAUUGGAGAGUCCAAGUGCUAACACAAGAACCGUCAGCAGUGAUGAACAAUCUCUACUAUCCGGGACCCACCGCCCCCACUCUACCAUACACAUACAUUGUGCAACCAAACGCGGACUAUUACUUAAACGACAUCCGCCCUUCAGACGGUCCGAUGGAUGCGCCCACGUGCGGCUAUUUGACUUACAGCAACACGGAUGCCCCCGCCUGCGAGACGCGCUGCGACGCUGCGGCCGGGUGUGCGGGGUUCGUCCACGUUGCUGACGUCAAUUGCUGCUUCCUCAAGGGCAGAAUGGACAGUCCGACUGCCAACACAAGGACCAUCGCUCAUCUGAAGACGGGCUUACCUGGAUACGUCGUCGCGUACGGGAAGGAUAAUCCGGGUAACGACAUCUUCCCGUCGGCGGGCGCCCCCACCAACGCUGCCUUGUGCGGGGACGUUGCCACCGUCGAGAGCAUCGGCGCGUGCAUCGCGCGCUGCGACAACGAGGCCGCGUGCGUCGGCAUCGCGCACUGCGCCGACCACGACUGCUGCUACCUGAAGAGCACCCUGGGACCCGAAAACGCAAACACCAGGGUUGCCAUGCUCAGGAAGACCGCUCUCGCAACCCCACCGCCCACAACCCGUCCGCCGACGCCGCCCCCAACCACAGCACCGGCGAGGAAGACCGGAGGUGGAGGUGGAGGUGCGGGUUUAAAAAACUGGAAAGACGGCGACAAUCGGUGGACGCAGUCAGCAGAGCCGCCGCCGGGCGUUCGCGAAAGACUCUCCGAGGUGCGAGGCAUCUGCGUCGCGGACUUUACUGCGGAGAUGCUCCGAGGCUUGUAUGGUGCAAGUGGUGCUCUAAGCCAACUUAGAGAGAUCCGGUUGAGUGGCCGCCGCGUAACAGCCCCCGUAAAAAACACUUGGGAUAAGGAAGGUGCAGGAAUUGCAACCGGGGGAAAGGAGUAUCAGAUUGGAAUAGAAAGUCGCGGGUGCGUGCAGUGCGGGGCCUCCGUAGCGGCGCAGUGCCGGUUGCAGCUGGCGGCGGGGACGGCGUACGUCGAGCGGUACACGUCACAAGCCUGGCAGAACUUUGGCAGCUCUCCGAGAUUUCUGUAG